AUAUGAACAAAUGAAAAUGAUAUUGCAUUCUGAUGGAGCAGGUAUCUUGUCAGAAAGCUUCUGCAAAUUAUUUAAAAGAAGUGAAGAGGUCCCAUUUCGUUAGUUCUGACAAGGUUGUUAGAUUAAUGGACGAAGUGGAAUCCAUAUUCACCAAGCACUUUGCCAACAACGAUAGGAAAAAGGCAAUGAAAUUUCUAAGACCCCAACAACAUAAAGAUUCUCAUAUGGUCACCUUCCUUGUCGGGUUAUCUACAGGAUGUUUUGUAUCCUUGUUUUCUGUAUACGCAAUUUUGGCCCAUUUGUGCGCUAUAUUUUCCCCUGGUAAAGAGCCAGCUUAUAUGGAAACAGUCUACCCCGUUUUCAGUGUGUUUACGCUGUUAAGCCUGCACUUGUUUUUGUAUGGAUGUAACCUGUUCAUGUGGAAGAAUACAAGAAUCAAUUACAAUUUCAUAUUUGAGUUCUCUCCAAGCACAGCACUAAAGCACAGAGAUGCAUUUCUGAUGAGCACUACCUUAAUGACAACUGUGGUUGGGGCAAUGGUCUUACAUCUGCUUCUAAGGGCUGCUGACUUUUCUCCUACCCAAAUUGAUGCCAUUCCUGGGGUUCUUCUUCUGGUUUGUCUCAUAACUAUUGAUUUUCCUUCUUGUUUAUGAGAUAAGCUAGUUUAGUUAGCUUCAAAUUUUGA